UCAGCCGUUGCUCUAAAUUCAUCAAUGGCGACCGGACAGAUCGGAGCCUUAACCCCUCGCUCUAUAUAUAUGCUACUAGCAACCUGAUUACUGCCAUAUCUACAAGUUACUCGCUAGUUCAGUACUUAAUCGAGUCUCCUAAUCUAAGAAACCAAGCAGAGGCGAGAAUGUCGGGGCGUGGAAAGGGAGGCAAGGGACUGGGAAAGGGAGGAGCGAAGCGACACCGGAAGGUGCUCCGGGACAACAUUCAAGGAAUCACAAAGCCGGCGAUCAGGAGACUGGCAAGGAGGGGAGGAGUGAAGCGCAUAAGCGGGCUGAUCUACGAGGAGACUCGCGGAGUGCUCAAGAUCUUCCUGGAGAACGUGAUACGCGACGCCGUGACCUACACGGAGCACGCUCGCCGGAAGACCGUCACCGCCAUGGACGUGGUGUAUGCCCUGAAGAGGCAGGGGAGGACUCUUUACGGGUUUGGGGGCUAGGGUUUUUGUCGCAAAAAAAGUCUUGCUGUCAAGAAGUCGGGUUUGGAUUUUGACUUCUCUUUGCGUAGUUAAUGUAAUGUCUGGGCUUUCUGCAUUCCUUAUUUAUUGUAAGAAAUUAUAGCUUGGAAUUUGAAAUACUGAGUAAAGCAGUAAUAUUUGAAGGCUUUUGUUUUAA